AUGGUUAGCAAACAAUUCAUGUUUGAAACAAAAAAUAAGAAAUUUCAAAGAACUUUUCUUCUCAUCAUUAGGGUUUUCUCAAAAGAAUCAGUGCGCGGUUUAGGGAGUUCACCAUUAAAUCAUUUUCCAAAGCCCAACAAAGGCCUCAUUUAUCUUUGCCAAUCAGUUUUUUAUCAUUGGCCCAAAAAUGUUUUCAUUGCAAAUCACAAAACAUAUUUUGAUUCACAAAGAAAACAAAAUACUAUCAAAAAUAGAAAACCAGCCUGCAUUAUUGUAAAAAAGACAAACGCAAAAGGCCAAGUACUAUCAAAACAAACUGCUGCCCAUGAUAGUCUAAAAAAACUGUUGCAAAGCUGA